UACAGGAAGUGAUUUGCAGUGUUCACAGCCUUUUGUUGAAAAGGGUCCUUCUCAUUUGUGUGAGUCAUGCUUUUGCUGUGAGCGAGUUGGCAGCUCUAAGCAGGACUGGGAUCUCAGUCACAGAAAACUGUUACUUCACCCAACCUGAACAAGGAACCAAAAGAAAUUUCUUAAAAAUAUAUCUUUUUUUCAUUUUUCCUUAUGCUCUUUUCUUUUUCACCCUAAACUCUUGUUAACCCUCCGUGCCGUUAUGAAUUGCUUGCUAUGUUAGUACAGGCAUCUCCUGCACUGGCAUCAGAUUUGCCAGAACAUAUGCAGGAAAGCAGAUAGAAGGGCAUGCUUCAACGUACCAAGUAUAACCGCUUCAGGAAUGAUUCUGUGACAUCUGUUGAUGAUCUUAUUCACAAUUUGCCCAUGAACAGCAAAGUCUCAGCAGUUGCUACAACUUCAGCAUCACCUUCGUACCUGGUCUCACCAGAGGUUCUUCGCAAGGACCAAGAAGAUGGACCCACCACCCUGUGUACCCUCAUCCAUAAAGUGUCCCACUUGAAACUCUCUAGCACGGGCAGCCUUUUGGGUAUCAAAAACCUCUCCUCUGCAGUAAAGGAGCUUGCUGUCUCCAAAUUGCAGGGAAGCUCGAGUGCUUCUAGUUCAGCAGCAGGGGCUUCAGACAACACAUGUAACCUUGUCUCUGCCACUUCGUGUUCUCAGCAGGACAUGAGCAAGAUGAGUAUGGGGAAAAAAGCACGGUCAGAGGAAAUGCACCUGGGAAGUGAAGAUUGGAAUCAAACUAGCAGUUUUGUCAAUAAAUCCUCUCGAGGAUGGCUGCACUCGAGUGAGAAGAUCCUGGGACCUGGUGUGACGUACAUUGUGAAGUACUUGGGCUGUAUAGAAGUCUUACGGUCAAUGAGAUCUCUUGACUUCAGUACUAGAAUGCAGGUUGCAAGGGAAGCAAUCAGUCGUGUUUGUGAAGCCAUGCCUGGUGCCAAAAGAGCCUUCAAGAAACGAAAGCCACCAAGCAAAGUCCUUUCUAGCAUCUUGGGAAAGAGCAAUCUUCAGUUUGCAGGAAUGAGCAUAAUGUUGAAUAUCUCCACCAGCAGCUUAAAUCUAAUGAAUCCUGAUACAAAACAGAUCAUAGCAAAUCACCAUAUGCAAUCUAUCUCCUUUGCAUCUGGAGGUGACCCGGAUACUUCAGACUAUAUUGCAUAUGUAGCUAAGGAUCCUGUUAAUCGUAGAGCUUGUCAUAUACUGGAAUGCUGUGAUGGCCUGGCCCAGGAUGUCAUCAGCACCAUAGGGCAAGCAUUCGAGCUUCGAUUUAAGCAGUACAUGCAAUGCCCCUCUAAGACACCUACUUUAUCUGAUAGGAUGCAGAGUUUUGAGGACCCAUGGACGGAGGAAGAUAACGAGGCACCAGAACAUCCCUAUUACAACAACAUCCCAAAUAAAAUACCUCCCCCUGGCGGAUUCCUUGAUGCCAGGCUCAAAACAAGGCUUCCCACUGUUGCAGACACACCUCAGUCUGCAUCAGGAAUGGGAGGAGAGCAAAUUUAUUAUCAGAGCCAUCACUUAGGAGAAAAAUUCAGUGAAGAAUGGCAUCAUGAGCAUGUUAAACAAGGAUCUCUAGAUAUCUGUAGUAUGUUAGAAGAUAAAUCAGAAACAGCACCAACAGGAGAGCUGCCAAUAUAUGUAAACACCCAGCAUAUAAAUAGAGAAGAUCUAUUGGUACUUCAGGCAGAUGCAGAAAGUACCUUCAGUGGAACAGCAGAGGAUGCUGAAGCAGGCAGCCCAGGAAAGGAUCUAUUUGACAUGAAACCAUUUGAAGAUGCUCUCAAGAAUCAAACAUCUGAGGCUAUGCUGAAGAAAUCCAGCUCCAUGGGAUGCACCAGUCCUCCUUUACCCAGAGUAGCUGUGCGGACUGAAGCUGAAGACCUGAGUACAGAGCCAUGGUAUCAAGGAGAAAUGAGCAGGAAAGAAGCAGAACAGCUAUUAAAGAAAUGUGGAGAUUUCCUUGUGAGGAAAAGUACCACAAAUCCUGGUUCCUAUGUGCUGACAGGCAUGCACAAAGGACAAGCCAAGCAUCUUCUUUUGGUGGACCCAGAAGGAACUGUUCGUACAAAAGAUCGUGUCUUUGACAGCAUAAGUCAUCUCAUCAACUAUCACCUUGAGAAUAAUUUGCCUAUAGUUUCUUCAGUGAGUGAACUCUGCCUGCAACAGCCUGCUGAAAGAAAACACUGACUCCAGAUAACUCUUUUAGUAAUUGCAAUUCGAAAGCUACAACUGGUAGAAAUUGUAGAUCUGAAAGGAAAAUGCACAUUAAAAAUGCCCACAUAUUCACAUACAUUUCACAAGUAUGUUUUAUUUAAGUUUAAGAAGCCCCAUUUCAUAUGGUCCACUUGAAUGUUUUCAAUGCUUUACGUGACAUGAAAUCACAUCAUAAGCCUUUCUUAAAAUUUCAACAAAAUUGUUCAGAUUCUCUAAUGUGAAUGUUGAUAGUGUAUAUACACCUUAUAUAUAAAUACAGUAUAUAUUUAUAUUUUUCAAGUCUGUCUGUUGACAGUAUAAAACUAUCUUCUGUGCCAUGUGUUUUUACCAAAAGAAAAAUGACAAGUGUGAUUGUUCAGAUAAAAAAAAUAGAAUUCAGCAGUCUCAAUUUCUUGAGAAAUUUAAUAUUACAAAUCUUAUUUCUGAUUUUACCUAAGAAGCACAACUAUGGGGAUUACAGAUGGAUUAUGACAGUUAACCAUAGAAGGAAUCUGAAUUCAGUAACUAGUAUUACAACUCAGAAUUUAGCAUAAAAUGUUUUUUAAAAGCAUUAUUCAGUGUCACUGAUAUCAAAAGGAUUUUAUCUUUCUGAUGUCAAGUUUGAAUUCUUAUAUGAUGCUAUUCAAAACAUUUGUAUCUUACUUUAGCAAUGACUUGGUGUGAUCUCUAUGUGUACAAGGUGUGUACUUUGAUUUUUCUAAUGAUAUUGUAACAGUAUACUGUAAGUUCAAUUUUUUAAUUUCAGUGCUAAGGUUAUUUAUAAGUAGUUCUCUGCUUAUGGUGAAGAUCUAGGUGUCCUUGAACUAACAGUCUCAAAUGAGAUGUUGCAUACUGAUUGGACAAGUUCAAAUAACUUGCGUUUAAUAGGCUUAAUACAAGAUGAACAUGACUGUUCAAAGACAAAGAUUUUUCAAAGAUCUGAAAAAUCUUUUCUUUUUGUAAGCAGUGAAAACUAUCUGAACUCAGUGGUCAGUUUUCCAAAUGAUGUCACUUGCAUUUACUUGCCAAAGCAUAACUUCAUUUUGGCCUUCAGCAAGUGAUAGGUAUUGGAAAUAUACUGUUUUUCUCUAAACAUCAAGUUUAAAAAAUACACAUACAAUAAAGAUGCAUUUCUGGCAGCAAUGCCCUUGACUUUUGGUACUGGGAAAUGCUUUAAGGGAUGUUUGUACUGUUCACAUUUAAACAUUAUAUAAAGUUAUUUUCCCAUUCUAUGAAUCUUAUUAUGAGUCAAAUUCAAUAGACACAGUUCCUGUAAAUGCAAUGCUUGUGCCAGAGUCAAGAUUUAGCCUUCAGCAAUCCAAGAUCUUCUCUAGCAGCAGUCUCUCAAAUCAAAUCUUCAGACUUGAUUCACAAAAACUCAGCAGGGUAAGUCUAGGUUAAGUACCUGCCUACCCCGCAGCAUACUUAAAGUUACAUUUGGUUCUAAGAAUUUGCCAAGUUUAAAAAUUUGUAAAACCAUAAUGAAAUUAACUGAAGAAUUCACUUAGAAUGUAUUCAGCAGGAGUAUCAUGUUAAAAUUCUGAAAUAGCUUUCUUGUGCCUUCUGCUUUUAAAUAUGCUGAAGUUGCAACUUGAAAGUUUGAUUUUGAGUAAUCUCAAAACUGAAAAUUAUUGACACCUAAAACUAAUCAUGCACCUCUGUAAAAAUAUACUUGAUUCUGUAAUUCUGACAUCCAGAAGCCAAACAAAGACAUUAGUGAACCAAAUGCUUGUGAUUAAUUUUACUAAAGAUGGUUAUUAUUUGAUAUUUCUAGGUCUGAAUGAGAGCUAAGGAGAGCAAUUAAAUACUAAAUUCAACCCUUAUCAGUAUGGCACUGAGUUUAGUAGAAUUAUUUAAAUUUUGCUUUACUAGACUGGAAGUGGCAAGGAAAUAGGAACAGAUCUUAUAUGCCAAAGUAGUAUCCACCAAAAUUACUUUGUUUGAGAGUCUCACAAAAUGACUUACCCAUAUCUGACCAUAUUCCAGUUUAAAUUAUCUCAGCUGCCACUUCUUUUUUCAUAUAUAAUGCUUGUUAUUCCAUGCUCUCACCUUUCUGUACCCAUGUUCUGGAAAGUUUUCAGGUGUGCUAUCACGACCUAUAGGACAAGGUGUCUUUUUAUCUUUGUAUAUUGCAUAUAAUUUCAGUAAAAGUCUGGUGCAUAACCCUC